AGAAUCGGAAACUUUUGGCGUUGAAGUGCCAGCAGUUGUUUCGCUUCGUUCCGCUUCGGCGCUAAACUCAGCCGGGCAAUGACGCGAUCGGCCCAGUUCAUGGGGAGCUUUGCACGCCAUUAUUUAACUAACGGAGGACGCGGGGUUGGCGAUGGAUGACUCCAACAUACGCUGGCUGUUUCCAUGGAUAUAAAUUGUUCAGGCUUUGACCCGGUGCCUUUAUCCUUCGGUUACAUUGAUGAAACCUGUCUCUCUUUUGCGCCUGUGCCCAUCUCUGCCGCCAAUUGCCAGACGAGCUCCUAGAUUCCCAAAUACAUUUGUCCGCCGCAUCGCAAUGGCGUCUACAAACAGCGUCGCCGUUGAUUCUAGGCCUGUCUUCUUUUUCGACAUUGAUAAUUGUCUGUACUCGAGAAAAUGCAACAUCCAUGAUCUGAUGCAGGAACUGAUUGACAAGUUCUUCAUUGCACAUUUGCCUAUCAGCGCACAGGAUGCCGUGAUGCUCCAUCAGAAGUACUACAAAGAAUAUGGUCUGGCGAUAGAAGGCCUUACUAAACACCACAAGAUCGACCCUCUCGAAUUCAACAAGGAGGUGGAUGACGCGCUCCCUCUAGAUGACAUCCUCAAGCCGGACCCGAAGCUACGGAAACUGCUCGAGGACAUGGACAAGUCGAAAGUGAAGAUGUGGCUUUUGACAAACGCAUAUGUCAACCAUGCAAAGAGAGUAGUCAAGUUGCUGGGGGUUGAAGACCUCUUUGAGGGAGUCACGUAUUGUGAUUAUGGAAGCCAACCACUGAUCUGUAAACCGAAUCAGAAGAUGUAUGAAAAGGCGGAGCAGGAUGCGGGUGCUCCUAGUACUGAACAGUGCUACUUUGUUGAUGACUCCGCUUUGAACUGCGAGCAUUCGCAGGCCAGAGGAUGGACGACGGUUCACCUCGUCGAGCCGGGUUUCGCUCUGCCGGAGGUUCCGCCGUCGAAGUACACAGUAAGGAGUCUAGAGGAACUUCGGGGCUUGUUUCCUCAGUUUUUCAAAUCCAACGACGAGAAAUCUACAUCGUAACAGAGAGCGGGAGACACUAGAAUACCCGGAGAUUGGUGCUUUUCUAGAAUGCAUGUACAUAGAUAUCCCUAGAUAUAGAUGGGACGUAAUAGACAACAGCACACGAGGAAUGAAUAGGAAAGAAAAUCAGCAGUGAAUUUCGACGAUCAAAGCGUAUACGAGCUCCAUGAAGGGAGCACUGUCGGCCUCCGAGGGAAUCUCGUUUCUGCUGUUACUAUUUCCAGUAAUCUACGGUCCGAGGCUGCCCGGGUAGUUCAAGAUCCCCUCUAUAUAUUUAAUCCAGUGUCUAUACGACGAAACAUCGACCAACAUAGCCCUAUCGAACCCUGCACAAGGGAAGCAGUAGAGACAAUAUGAGAUAAC